AAAAAAAGAUUUUUUGUCAUGUUUGCAAUAAUCAGAUUGCCUUUUUUUCUGUUUUUGAAGCACAUAAAAGAUUGUAAACAUGUAUAAUUUCGAUGUGAGAGGCUGUGUGAGCAUCUGUCCACUAGAGGGCAGUAUUACCUUCUCCACUGCACGCUGUCACAUCACCGGAGGCGGAUGAGUCAUUGCCACAGAGUGGAAACACGCAAACAUUUACAUUUCUGACUGAAAGCACGUCGACACGUUUCUCAUUAAAAGCAUUCAUCACGCCUGUGAUGUAUUAACUUACUGCUGCAGGAUUAACGCGUCACUGUGACCCGAUAACACAAAACGUGCAAGAGACUGAACACAGAUCUUCACGUUUUCUUACUGUCAGAAGAAAAGUUCAUAUCUCCAAUUUUGGGGGAUUUUUUAAGCUUUCUCAACAACGAGCAAUGAUGAAUUAAUGAAAUGUCCCCAAAGUGUCCCCAAAGUUGAUUUUGGAGCAUGUUUGUUUCCCUGACAACAGAAAUUUCAUGAAUUCACGAGAAGAGAAAGCGCUCAUCCGCCGGUCAGUUAAUUUUCUCUCCUUCUUCAUUUCCAUGAUGUGUUUUAAUUUAAUCAGUAUUUGCUGCAUUAUUAAUGCAGGCAGACUCAUUAAUUGUUUAAAAAAACAUGUGAGUAUUGAGUUUGGAGAGCUUUUCCUCUCCUAUAUUACUCUCGUGUUGUAACGAGAAUAAUAUAACGACAGCAUCUUCAGCUGUUUUUCGAUAUUUGUGGUAUUUAAAUCUCCGAGAAUCCGACGGGAAACAAUGAAUGAACAGAUCUGUGAACUCAGUAUGUUGCAGUGGUCUUAACGUGAGGGUGGCUGUGUUCCAGACUGGAGAGAGUAAAUAGACUUUAUGCGCUGAGGGUCUCCAUGCAGCCUCAGUCUGAGCGCGUCCCCUGCAGGACUGUCUCACUGCUGGGUCGGUUUUUUCCUUUUGUCUGCGUGUUGGAGACACGAGCAGAGAGUUUGGAGUCGAGACGCGCUGCAGGUGAUGGUGGAAGGAGGAUGGGAGCGACGGUUUCAUGAGGACACGUUGAGACGGAUAUGGCACCGAGGGCGUGAGUCUUGACAUCCAUGGAGAGUUUUUAUAAUGAGAGCCAAAACCAGAACCAGGACCACCGGGACCACCCUGGCCAGCACCAGGUGGUCACAGCUGGAGCGGACAGCCCCUGGCCGGGCGGAGGGCUCAGCCUCCGCGCGCUGACCGGCUGCGUCCUGUGCGUCCUGAUCGUCUCCACCCUGCUCGGUAACACUCUGGUGUGCGCCGCGGUCAUCAAAUUCCGCCACCUGCGCUCCAAAGUCACCAACUCCUUCGUCAUCUCUCUGGCGGUGUCAGACCUGUUCGUGGCCGUGCUGGUGAUGCCCUGGAGGGCGGUGUCCGAGGUCGCCGGCAUCUGGCUCUUCGGCCGCUUCUGCGACACCUGGGUCGCCUUCGACAUCAUGUGCUCCACCGCGUCCAUCCUCAACCUGUGCAUCAUCAGCAUGGACCGCUACUGGGCCAUCUCCAGCCCGUUCAAGUACGAGCGCAAAAUGACGCGCAGGUUCGCCUUCCUGAUGAUCGGAGUCGCCUGGACUCUCUCCAUCCUCAUCUCCUUCAUCCCCGUGCAGCUCAACUGGCACCGCGCGGACGCGGACGACUCGACGGCGGACAACCCGGACGACUGCAACGCCAGCCUGAACCGGACUUACGCCAUCUCGUCGUCGCUCAUAAGCUUCUACAUUCCCGUGGUGAUCAUGGUGGGGACGUACACGCGCAUUUUCCGCAUCGCGCAAACCCAAAUCAGACGGAUCUCGUCUUUGGAGAGGGCGGCAGGGCCCCGUGCGCAAAACCACCGCCACCGCGCGUCAGCGCACGACGAAAGCUCGCUGAAAACUUCUUUUAAGAGGGAAACGAAAGUUUUAAAGACUCUGUCCAUCAUCAUGGGAGUGUUUGUGUUCUGCUGGCUGCCGUUUUUCGUCCUGAACUGCGUGGUGCCUUUCUGCGACCUGGACAAACUCGGAGAGCCCCCGUGCGUCAGCGACACCACCUUCAGCAUCUUCGUGUGGUUCGGCUGGGCCAACUCGUCCCUGAACCCGGUCAUUUACGCCUUCAACGCCGACUUCAGGAAGGCCUUCUCCACCAUCCUGGGCUGUAAUAAAUACUGCUCCACCUCCACGGUGGAGGCUGUGGACUUCAGCAACGAGCUGGUGUCCUACCACCACGACACCACCAUGCAGAAGGAGGCAUGCGCCAUGCCGGGCCCCGGCGCGCAGAGGCUCAUCCCGCCGCACACAGGGGGAGAUCUGGAGCAGAACUUUGACACCGUUUCUGUCAUUUCAGUCGAUUCCCGCAACCACAGCAACUCACUGCUGCCCGCCAUCCUGCAGUAUGAGUGCGAGGCGGAGAUUUCUUUAGACAUGAUUCCCUUCAACUCCUCCGGACCCACAGACUGUUAUGUUAUUCCGGGUCAAAUCCAGGACCUGUGAGCGCCCUUAAGCUCUGAAACAACACAUGCACGAUGCAGGACCCCUGUUCAGUUUCGUGCCUCCUGAUUCAGCCUCCCUCCACAUCAGGGAGCAGGGGUCUAAGUGGGUGACCUCUGACCUCUUGCUGAUGAUGCCAAAAUGAUCAGUUGCUGUAAACCUCUCUGGCUUGUGAGCCCUCAAAGCAAAGUGGUGGUUUUGUUGUGGAUGUAAACAGUUCAACCAAAGAUCAUCAGACUGUUUGCUUUAAAGGAUUUUCAAAGGUCCAGUGAGUUUCAAAAAACAAAAAGCAAGAAACAGAAAAACAAAACGUAGAAACACUCAAGAUUUUGGGUUACAAGAAUGUUUUUCUUUUUAAAUUUCCAUUUCAGAUUUAUGUCCUGGCCCCUCUUGGUUUUUGACCCCCAGGUUGGGAACCACUGAUCUAACUAAUUUCGACAAUCAGCUGACUGUAAAUGUCAACAGAGACACUGUACAGGGCAAAGUAUGAGCUGUAGUUGCUCAUCAAUAUUUGCUAACAAAUAUUCUCAGAAAAUGUUUGGUUUUCAUGUCAUAUUAUAACUUUAUGGUGGAAAGUUUUAUGUCGGCUCAAAAAGGUGCUGUUUUCCCUCCAAUACAUUUGUCAGUUUUGAAAUUCAGGCUCAGAAAGUCUGAGUUUAAACGCGAGAAGAUCUGCACAACAAAGUCCAGAUCGAAUGUUGUAUUCCUGCUGAAAAGUAAAACAUGUGUCAAACGUA